CAGCCUCCACAUCCGGCGCGGACCGGCGGUUCCGAGCCCGGGGAACCAUGGCGCUGUGCGAGCGGGCGGUCAGCGGCGGGGCUCUGGUCUGGCCUCGCGUGCUGCUCUUCGGGGACUCCAUCACGCAGUUUUCUUUCCAGCAGGGCGGAUGGGGCGCAUUGCUGGCCGACCGACUUGUCAGAAAAUGUGACGUUCUGAAUCGUGGGUUUUCGGGGUACAACACCAGAUGGGCCAAGAUCAUCCUCCCCAGAUUAAUUAGGAAAGGGAGCGGUGUGGAAAACCCCGUGGCGGUUACGAUUUUCUUCGGUGCCAAUGACUGCUCACUCAGAGAUGAGAACCCCAAGCAGCACGUGCCCUUGGAGGAGUACUGUGCUAACCUGAGGGACAUGGUGCAGUACUUGAAGUCUGUGGACAUCCCCGGGGAGCGGAUCAUUCUCAUCACCCCGCCCCCGCUGGGCGAAGCCGCCUGGGAGAAGGAGUGUCUCCUGAAAGGUUGCAAAUUGAAUCGCCUGAACUCAGUUGCCGGUGAAUAUGCUAAUGCGUGUCUAACAGUGGCCAGAGACUGUGGGACUGAUGUCCUUGACCUGUGGACCCUGAUGCAGAAGGACAAGCAGUCUGAGAACAAAUGCGCGGGGAAAAGCUGGUUGUCGUGAACUGCAGCCGCUCAGGAGGGAGCUGGACCGUCGUGAGGUCGCAUGUGUGCCGGCGGAGGACGCGGCUGCCCGCUGUCGUGUUCCGGCUGCAUUAUCCACCCCAGGCCCACAGAGUCCUGGGCAGCGAGGGGGCCAAGUCUGAUGCCCCAAACAUGAAUAGAGCUGAUGGGAAGGAGGCCCUGAAGUCACGGGCGUGGUUCCAGCUCUGUGGCGUCCAGACGAGGCCGCAGUGACAGGUUAGGGUGAGGACAGUGGACGGUGUUCGGGUUCCACAUGGUCCUGGUCUUCAGCAUACGACAGAGGCAUCGUCAGACCCAUCUAUUCACCCUACCCCCUUGGUGAGGCAGGGUCUCCUAUCCCAGGCUGGCCUGGAACUUGCUUUGGAGCUGAGGAUGACCUUGAACUUCCCACCUCCACCCUGGGGAGUGGGGUCCUGGGGGCCGAGCAUGUGGUAGGCAAGCACUCUGCCGAGUCUCAUGCCCAGGCUCCUCCUUAUUCCUUGGUAAAAUGUUUGUUCUCUAGGGCAUUUCCUUGGGAUGCAGAGGCCCAGGGAGGGGCUGAGGGACGGGAACUCUGGUCUUCACAAGGAGGACCUACUCGACCCCGGUGCCAUGUCAAAAGACAGAACUCAGCCCACAGUCGGCAAGCCAGACACUAACCUCCCCCUCCCCAUGGACCUGGAAGGGUCUGACGUGUUAGGGUUGGUCUGUGGAGAGGGACUGCAAAGUAGAGACUCGUAGUCCCAGGACACCCAAGAACGGCUGCCCACUUGAGAACCUCGCAGACUCCAGUUCAGGACUCUGCAGAGAAGUGCCCCGCGUACCUUUGGAGGCCCUGGGAGCCCCGGGACUCCAGUCGGCCUCAGCAUCCUCGACUGAGCGCUGUCCCCAGGUGGCAGGGCCACCGCAGCCCCAGUUUUAGUACAGACCUACUCCGGGCCAGCGGGCCGGCUAGCUGGGGAAGGCAUUUACCUGCCAACCUGGGGCCCCUAGUUUGAUCCCAAACACCUGCUUGGCGGUGUGGUUGGAGAACCCACUCUACAAACCGUCCUGUGGCCUCCUGGUGCUACCACGGCGUUUGUGCUCCCCUCGUCCAGGCCCGCACACCAGAUGAGUUAGAGAGAGGCCAGCGGAGAUGGCUUGAGAGUGCUGGGAGGGCGUCUUCCCCGCAGCGUCUUCCACCGCCGCCUGGUUCGCCUCAAGUCUUUCCUGCUUUCAUGCAGUCAGGGUCUUCC